CCCCCCACACCAGCCUAUUCCUGGAAAUACUUUUCUCGCAUUUAAAACUUGCAAAUGCUUCCUGACUCUGCAGAUGGAUUGAGCUGGCUUUCUGGAAGGGAUGUGCUAACUGCAUCAUAGGAAAUCGGUAAGACACAGCAUACAUUGGCAGCUUUAUGCUUUAUGAAGACAGUGUGUGUCUGGCACAUUUCCUAAACAAUGUUGGCUGAGGAGAUUCAAAGUGAUGUCGGGGUUGAGGAACAUCCCCUAAAGGAAAAUAAAAGUGCACCCCAAAGCCCUCUGAGAGGAACUCUGCGCAGAGCUGCUGCUGCUGCAGUGUCAUUUGAGGGGGUAAUUGGAGAGACCACUGUAGAGAGGAAAAAGAAAAAGAAGAAAGAGCCUCGCCCAGAGUCCAUCAUUGUCUAUCGUUCUGACAGCGAGAAGGUGCUUGAAGAUGAGCAGGCUGAUGAUAAAGAUGGAGACCGGAAAGCAGAGGAAGGUUCCAGAUUUCUGGGAACCCCAAUGUCUGAUGGAGGAUGGAAUAUGCCACCAGACAGCCGCUAUGUUACCUUAACUGGAACAAUUACUCGAGGUAAGAAGAAGGGCCAGAUGGUGGACAUCCAUGUCUCACUAACUGAGAGAGAACUUCAAGAGCUUGCCAAAUGUAAAGAGCCUUUGCAGGCAGAGCCAGAAGAAGGCAAGAAGAGCUAUUCCACAGGCUGGGAUAGGGGUCCACACAUUGUGCUUUGGAGUCUACUUUGUCUACCAGUUGUAUUUGUACUCUCCUUUGUACUGUCCUUCUAUUAUGGAACUAUCACCUGGUACAACAUCUUCUUGGUGUACAACGAGGAGAGGACUUUCUGGCAUAAGAUCACUGUUUGCCCCUUCCUAAUCAUGUUCUACCCCAUCAUUAUUGUGGUUGUGUCCCUGUCCUUAGCCCUCUACACAGCGGUGACUCAGAUCUCCUGGUCUUUUGAAGAGUGGUGGCACGCGGUGAGGGACAUGGAGAAAGGAUUCUGUGGCUGGAUCUGCAGCAAACUAGGGCUUGAGGAUUGUUCUCCGUACAGUAUUGUGGAGCUUCUGGACUCGGACAAUAUCUCUGGAAGUCUGUCGGCAAAAGGCUCCACGUUAGGGGUAGAAACAUCAGCUGUUUGAUGCUUUGUUGCCCUCCAGAUCUGUUCCUUUACAUACGGUAUUUAUCUCUCAUGCUGGAAUUGGUGAUUUCUUGUGCCAAUGACUUGCUUCAGACUUACCAGGAUCACAUGGGUGCUGAAAAUGUUAUUCACUGAACAUUUAUCCAAUUGUUUUUUGUUUUUCUUUAUUCUCAACAUUGUUGUUUUCAUUAGGAAUGUGUCCUUCCGUUACAGUUGUACAAUAGUUCUCCAGUGCAGCUGGAUCUGCAGUUUAUUAUUACAGCAGUAACAAGUUCACUGCUUGUCAAAAAACACAAAUAUGUCUCUACAUGGCCAGGCCCACCGUAGUUACUGAAAAUCCGCCUUAACAGUCCAACCAUUCUAUGGGGUUUAAUUGUGUUUCUAUAUAGAGGAACCCAGUUUAGAACCCAGAACAUUAUUGGAUAGCCAUUUUUAUUUAUUUACUUGUAUUUAAAUCUCUGUAUGUUGCCUUUGUUUUAUUCAGAGAAAUAAGAGACACGUGUCUGAUUUA